AUGCAAAGUAGUAGCAGUGCGAGCUCAAAGACAACACAGUCUGAUGUGAAAGUAUGCUACAGAUGCAAUGGCAAGGGGAACGUCAAUGAUAAGUGUCAGAUGAAAUCCAUAGAGUGCUAUUUAUGUCACAAGAAGGGAAAAAUUGCAAAUGCCUGUCGAAGUAAGAAGCAAGGCGAUUUCGAGAAAAACAGCGGAGCAACGGGUACCGAGAAUACAAAGUACCAGAAGCAAGCCACGUUACAAGUGGAAGAAAAGGAAGUAUGUUCACUUUAUAGUCUGGGAAGUCAGGACGCAAUUCAAGUCAAUAUUACUGCAGCUGGACGAGAAUUAGAGCUGAUUGUUGACACGAGUGCAACUGUUACCGUGAUUCCCAAGAAGACCUAUGAGAAACAACUAUCUCAUCUUGAAUGUCCUGGAUUCCGUACACGAGUUCCUGAGUUAUUCAAGGAAGGAAUGGGAAAGCUGCAAGGAGUGCAAGCGAAAAUUACUUUGAGUGCCAAUGCAAGGACAGUCUUUCAUAAGGCAAGACAAGUACCAUUUGCGUUACAAGCUAAAGUGGAUACUGAAAUGGAUCGCUUAGUCAGAGGAGUACUGACACCUGUAGAACAGAAAGACAAGGUCAAGGCUAUCAGGGAAGCACAUGAGCCAAUAAAUGUGACUGAGUUGACGGCGUUUCUGGGGCUGCUGAACUAUGACAGCCAGUUGUUACCAAAUCUGUCAAAUGCUCUACAAGCAUUGUUUGAGUUACUUCAAAAAGGAAAACAGUGGAGAUGGACAAGGAAGCACAGGGUCUCAUUCAAUGCAGCAAAAAACAAGUUAUUACCGUCUGGUUUCCUUACGCACUAUGAUUUGUCUCGACCAAUCAAGCUCAAAUGUGACGUAUCUCCAUAUGGAAUAGGAGCCAGUUUGAGUCACGAGUUUAAGGAUGGAUCGGAGAGAACGGUAGCAUUUGCUUCACGGGCACUGUCGUCAGCACAAAAGGGCUACGCCCAAAUAGAGCGUGAAGAACUGGCAGUAAUUUUCGUCGUUCGUCAUUUCCGCAAGUUCCUCAUUGGUUGA